CCCGCCGCAUCUUCACAGUCAAAGACAGCGCCCAUCAGAAUGUUACAAUAGCAAUGUUGGGCACUAAGAGCUUAAGUAUCUAAUUUUACCGAAUAGUAGAAUGCGAUGGUACAGACUACUUUGGCUGGCUGGCUGAACAUGUCCCAGCCACAGUCCGAGAAACACAAUGGUAUCUCGCAAUCAAGCGCUGCUACUGCCAACGAGCCUAUGAAACCCAAAGCCUCCGCAGAGAAGAACAUUAUGACAGAGAAGGAAGACUAUUGUGCGAAAGAAACUACAACGAAUGCAACUGGGGUCACCUACACUUCUCUCCAGAAUCGUCCCGUCGACUCGACGAUUGAGCUUCCUCCAAAUGUUGACCUGGUACGCAUAACGGUCGACACGCUCCCUUCCUUCCGGCGUAUGACAAGCUUGUUGCUUCCGGUUCCAUAUCCUGACAAAUUCUAUAACGAUAUCCUGACUGAUGAGGUCGCAUCUCGUAUAUCCAUGGUGGCAAUCUGGACUGACGCCACAACUCAGGCGUCAAGAGUUGUGGCCGGUGUACGCUGUAGACUGAUCUCCCACCCAGCACAAACAGAUCCAAAUCCAAGCCUCUACAUAUCCACUUUGACCACCCUAGCACCGUUUAGGGGAAUGAAGCUCGCGAGGGCACUGCUUAGGCAAGUUACUGCACGUGCUAUUCAUGAGUAUGGCGUGGGAACUGUUACAGCACACGUGUGGGAAACAAACGAACAAGCAAGAAAAUGGUAUGAAAAGGUCGGGUUUAAAGAGUUGAGCUACAACCCCGAAUACUAUCGCAAGUUAAAGCCGGGGGGUGCGUAUUUACUUGAGAGGAAGGUUGGACCAGGGGAUUUACUAGAUCUACACAGUGUGGAGAAUGAGGCGUGAGAGGGAACCGAAGGAGACGCGCUCAUGAAUACGAAGGACAAAUGCAUGGAACUGAAUGUUACUCGAAUGAUAUGUUCAGUCCAUCUGCGACAAGACCGUGAUCAUUAACGCUUCGAUGCCCUUGGCCAGCUACUUUAUGGCGACAGUACUUCCAAGCUUCGUCAAUAAUGCUAGGAGCAUUUAUCGAUGCCUUCAAAGUCCUAAUUCUCGCUAAAAGGCCGCUGCUUUCCAAGACUUCGCAUCGACUUGUACACUGUUAUCUUAGCACCCCUUGCAUAAUCAAAGAUUCAUCUGCGACUUUGUUCUUUGUAAGGAUACAAUCAAAUAAGAGCUUGGGCGGACACAUACGUGGAGUACUAUAUGUGGUUCAGGCACUGAACUACAAUGAAGCGGCUCCUGGACAAAGCAUAAGUUAAUAGGAAGACUUGCACGAUCAAGAGAAGAAGUGUUUUAGAUUUUGUUGGUGAGUUUGGAUAGGUAGAAUGAGCAAAACUAUCAUCAUAGAGCGAGAUUCUCUGGGAAAGCUUACAUGGCUCUCAGAGGUUCGAGUCUGCCCUACGAAUAUUGACUUAUCAUAGAUUUGAGACCUAACCUAGUCUUAACAUGCCGGGCCGCUCAAGUCGUAGUCAUAUCCACAAGGAGCCUGAAGAUUUUGACACUAAUCCGAAAGAUGAAACUAAGAGGGCAAGAUCAGUAGCCGAUUAUAUGGAUGACUUGGAGAAAGCAAGCAAAGUCGGUCAUGAAAGAAGCCCAAUCAAUUGAGGAUGUGUCUAAUUUGAAGGACGCUACACUCGGAAGAGACCAAAUCCGAGACUUUAUCUCUAAAUAAAUCGCAAUUAGAAAGAAUGAUACCCUGCUUUUGUUUCUG